GAGUGCGCUUGACAGCGUCAGCGGUGGUCAUGUCAGAGAAAAAUGGAGUAAUCGGAAAUUCAUCAAGCCGUGUAGUGCCGUGUUAAAUUUCAAUUUUGUCAAUGUUUAGUGUUGCCCCGUCUGGGGUGUCAAUAAAUCCAGAAUGGGGAAGUUGCUAUCGAAAAUUUUCGGCAAUAAAGAGAUGAGGAUACUGAUGCUCGGCCUGGAUGCAGCUGGUAAAACGACAAUUUUAUAUAAAUUGAAGUUGGGUCAAUCUGUGACAACAAUACCAACUGUGGGAUUCAACGUUGAAACUGUAACAUACAAAAAUGUCAAAUUUAACGUGUGGGAUGUGGGUGGACAGGACAAGAUUCGUCCACUAUGGAGACACUACUACACAGGAACGCAAGGAUUAAUUUUUGUGGUCGACUGUGCCGAUCGCGAUCGAAUAGAUGAAGCACGACAAGAAUUGCAUAGAAUAAUAAAUGAUAGAGAGAUGAGAGAUGCAAUUAUAUUAAUAUUUGCCAAUAAGCAGGACCUUCCAGAUGCUAUGAAACCACAUGAGAUUCAGGAGAAGUUGGGCCUGACACGUAUCAGAGACAGAAAUUGGUAUGUCCAGCCGUCCUGUGCAACAUCCGGCGAUGGACUCUACGAGGGACUCACGUGGUUGACAUCCAAUCACAAGUUAUGAGAGUAAGCCAGCUGUCCCUUUAUUCUCCAUCGUAAGAAAUCCACCCCCGAGGGAGAGAAAGAGUGCUGAGGAGGAGAGAGUUAAUGUAAACAGAACCGCCACACUGACGGCGGUUAUAAAAUAAUCCUUUAAUCAAUCUGAAUAAUGUCUAAAGAGGAGAGAAUUCAUGAGGGAGUGUGUAUAGUUUUCCGUUCUUUCCUUUUGUCAUACAAAAAAACACAUCGCGCGCGCGGCUUAAUGUCUUUUUUCUAUAGAUAAAUUUUCACUAAAUCUCUAAGAAUCCCAACGAAAUCAAGUGAAGUUAUAGUGAUACUCUAAAAGGUGGAGUAAUGCUUCACGCGGGGGGCAAUCAGAGAAGACACGAGUUUCAAAUGGCACCAAAAUUCAUUUGGAAGAUAAAGUUUACAAAUAAUGAAAAUUGGGAAACAAGUUAAAGCUUGUAUAAUUUUAUGUAGAUAAAUACAAGAUGAUAAACACGUGAGACAAGCGCAAACCAAACACAAUAAAGAAAAUCAUUUUAGACGAUAUUCUUAUUCUUAAAUAGAGGAGUUUUAAAAAGAUAUUCAGUAGCAAAAGAGAAAAAAGGAGAAACGCACCGAUUCGAAGUAUAUUAAAAAAUAUCUCUGUAGUUAUUUGUAGAUUGAGGAAAAAGAGGGAUGAUAGAAAAUGAAUGGGAGAUUAAAAUGUGUAUAAAUAUUAUAUAUUUUUGAAUCAAAAUUCAAAAUAAUAAUUUUCAUUUUCUAUUUGAUAUAGAGAAUAUAUAACAAUGAGGAAUCAAUGAGAAUAUUGAGGUAUUUUCUAUAGACACAGAGAAUGAAAGAGGAAAAGGAAAAUGUGUUGUAAUUUGCCUUGCCUAAUAAGUAAAAAAAAUAAAGAGAAAACAAGAUGAUAAAACCAACAUAUUAAAUGAGGAAAGAGUUAAAAAAAA